AUGCCUCCGAAAGGCGGGAUCUCUAAGCGAGAGACACCUCGUCGGCGCAAAAUCGCUUUGGCUUGUGAAUCUUGUCGAGACAAAAAGGUCCGGUGCGAUGGCGAAAAGCCGAUUUGUGGACCAUGUGCUCGUCGCUCGUAUACCGUUCAGCAGUGUGUAUACAAGCUUGAUAAUGCGAGGUCUGCCAGCAAUGAUGAGUACUUGAAGAUUCUCCAUGCGCGCAUUCGAGAAUUAGAGGAAACAUGUGUAAAGGGGGGUGUUGCUGUACCGCCUGAGUCAUCGCAACAUGGAGAUUACAGGGCAUCAGAGAGUCAAAUGGACGAAGAUGUGCAUCUGGAUCCUCUGGAUACAGAAUCACGGACCUCUGCUGCAGCAGAAGGAUUACUUGGCUUGGGUUCGACCCCUGCUUUAUCAGGCCCAAGUCCUAUGUCAACGAACUCUACUUUCCAACCACCCAAGCUCCCAGCACAAAGGAACAUAUCCGAAGCGGAAGAGACCUACCGCACUCCGCGCGCCUCUCAUUCAUCUCCCGACGCUGCGCGGCCCAGAGCAGGAAGUAUCUACCCUUCACCAUCUCUUAACUCGCAUGGAAAUGUCACUGCUAUGGGUGCCAUCUCUGUUGCAGAAGACGACCAAGGCACAGACUCUCCGCGAGAGCAACAAUACUACGGCAAUUCUUCAGUGGCUUCCUUUAUGCGUCUGGCAGGGGAGUCGAUGCCUUUGCAGUCAUAUAUGGCCGCCCUACGCGAGAGUAAGAAUGAACCUUCCAGAGCCCAAGGCCCUGAAACCGGUCUCUGGCGAGAUCUAGGCCAUCCCUCCGUGGAUCUUCGAUUCGACGACUUUUCUCUACCACCUCGAUCGCUGGCAGACCACCUGCUCGAAUGCUACUGGGACAGAGUCCACUGUCUAUUUCCAUUUUUCCACCGUCCAAGUUUCGAGCAGGCAUACGAAAACCUCUGGGGGUCGAAUAAAUCACCCAAACCUGAACUGCCUCAGCUCAACAUUGGACUUGGUGGAGCUUACGAUUGUGGUCCAAAUUCUAUGGUCUUUCAUUGCGCACUUAACUGCAUUUUUGCGCUCGGGUGCCAUUUCUCUGAUAUCCCACCUGCUGAGCGAGAAGCAGCAGUUUACUCCUUCUUCUUGCGCGCAAAGCGCUUCGUCAACCUUGACCUUCUGGACAUAGGUACUAUUGGGGUGGUUCAGACACUUCUCAUUGUUUCACUUCUUCUACAAAGCACCCCUUACCCCAAUCGUUGCUGGAAUGCAAUCGGUCUGGCGUGUCGAGCAGGCCAGGGGCUAGGAUUGCACGAGACAACCACUCACGCUUCGAAUAAACCACUUGAGACGGAAAUUCGUCGGCGGACUUGGCAUAGUUGCGUCAUUAUGGACAUGAUUGUGAGCAUGACCCACGGAAGACCGAGCAUGACUUCUCAUAUUUCACCCGUGCCAUUACCCGAGAUGGGGGUUGAUUCCCAUGCAGCAGAUCCUUGUGAGCUUAGCGGACAGCCUUGCGAUCAUAAAAUGGGUUAUAUGACUUUUUACGUCUCAACUAUCGAGCUGUACAAAAUUCUCGAGUCUAUUUUAUCUGAAGUUUACAACGCCUGGCAAAGUCGAUCGAAUAACACUCGCACCACUUCCCCACGCGGCUCGAAGCUGUGUAGUCUUGACGUGCUGAUGGAACUUGACGAUAGGCUCUCUGCGUAUGAAUCUAAUGUGCCUAAACCCCUGAACUGGACAAAAGAGCCGUUACAACGCUCGGGAAGCGGUAAUAUAUCCAUCUUCAAGCGCCAGCAAAACGUCUUGCGAGCUAGAGCCAUACAUCUUCGCCUCCUUUUAUAUCGCCCUAUGUUCACGCAAUUGUGCUCCGAUGAACGGGCAAGUUCUUCGCGACGCCCUGAUGUUGACCCCGCAGAUAGAAUCAGUGCAGCAUCCACGGAGAAGAAUUUGAUCUACUCUUCAGUUUUCUCCAAAUGUGCUGCAUCUUGCGUCAUGGCAGCCAUAGACCUAGUCUCACUGGUCCACCAGACAUAUCGAACAAGUGUAACCGAUGCAUGGUGGUAUAAUGGGUUUUAUACCUCGACUGCAGGGUUUAUAUUGAUAAUGUCAUACUCCUGCCACUCGAUACGCGAACAGGUUGAUUCGCAGAUCGUAGAUGAGAGCUGGCGCAAGUGUGAAGAGAUAUUGGCUUUCAUGGCCAUGUUCAGUCUUUCUGCUCGCAACUCGCUGCAAUUUUUACAAGUGACACACCAACAUAUCGCUCAAAAUUACUCAACGACUUCUCGAGCCGGUGAUACUACGUCUCUUGCUGCUACGCAGAUGCAACAACGGAGCAGUCAGUUCCCGACUCGAGUUGAUGCUUCGUCUCAGCCUACAGAGUCAGUGUCUGAAGAACACGCUUUUCGCCAGGAGCCUAACAAUAUGGACAUGAAUCCUUUUACAACCUGGGAUGAGAUGGGCUUGGGCCAAGAAGAGUUCGGAUUUCUUGGUAGAUUCGAUUUGCCGGAUCUUGCAAGCUGGUUCAACGAUAUACCGCCUUGA